UGAUAUCAGACCGUCGCUUGAAACAUGAAGAAGCAGAAAUUCUACCGUUGUGCGUGUUACCUAAGCAGUGACAUCGCAGUCCCGGAAUUGGACAUGAGGGUCAAUUACUUCGGAAGGAAGGCCUUCCUACGACAGUUUGACGAGCCUCUGAACAGGUACGGAUACGCCUCGCCGGAACAGAAACAAGCCAUUAUCAAGCAGGUGGAGGACGUGGUAGCCGCCCGGAUGAACGACGUGAAAGAAGCGCAGCACAACAGGGACAAGGACGAGCUGGACAUGUGCUACAUACCCUUCGACGAGGAAGUGUACAAGUUCAAGGAGUCGUGUCUCGACCCGGAGUUCGUGCAAGUGGUCAAGACGGCCAAGUCGCCAGAGUCGUUGCCGCCUUCCUGGAUUAUUUCAGCAGAGAAGGAGGUCUACCGCAUCCCGCUGUUCGCGCGAGAGUUCGCCGACAAGCUGCUGUACGAGCUGGAUCACUUCGAAGGCUCCGAGAUGCCCAAGAUCAGGCCCAACAUCCUCAACAAUUACGCGUCGGUUCUCAGCGAGGUGGGCUUCGACGAGCAGUUCGUGACGCCGCUACGCGACCAGUACCUGACUCCCCUGUGCCGGGCUCUGUUCCCACACUGGACGGGGGCUCGCUUCGACUCGCACAACGCCUUCGCCGUGCGCUGCGAACCCGGCAGUGAGAGCGGCCACGAAUUCCACUACGACAACGCCGAGGUGACGCUGAACGUGUGCCUGGGCCGGCGCGACUUCGCCGGUGGCGAGCUGUACUUCAGCGACAUGCGCGACGAGCCGCUGGACGAGUGCUCGAGCACUCUGCUGCAGCGGCCGCUGCCCCGCCACGCCUUUCUGCACCGCGGCCAGCAGCUGAGCGGCUGCCUGCCCACGCUGAGCGGCGAGCGCGUCAACCUGGUCGUGUGGCUGCGCUCGUCGGAGCUGCGAAACAGGCGCUGCCCGCUCUGCGACCGCGCCCCGACGCUGGUGGCCGCCGGCGACGGAUACGGAGACGGAUUCACUGCCCGUUCCGCGUCGCAGGAAUCGGCCGCGCUGACGGUGCCGAUGUUUCCCCUGCACCGGCUGACGUCUUCCAGCGAGCAGCUGCAACCUGUCGAUGCCGUCGCCCAAUAAAGAACUGACCUGCCUAAAGAGCCUGAGACCCUAGUGUAAUAAAUUCAUCAUG